AUGCGGAGCAGGGAAACACCGUUGAUGCGAGCUCUCUUCCACGAGCCCGGUGACGAAGAUCUACCCGUCGUUCUAUGCGGAUGGAAGGAGUUCUGUGAGCUGUGUAUGGCUAAAGACCGACAGACCAACAAGGUGUUUGUCUGUAAGAAGUUUCUGAAGAAGGACGGGAGGAAAGUACGCAAGGCUGCCAAGAAUGAAAUCCUGAUCCUCAAAAUGGUCAACCAUCCAAACAUCCUCCAACUGAUCGACACUUUUGAGACGCGGAAGGAGUUCUUCAUCAUCCAGGAGCUGGCUACAGGCGGUGAUGUGUUUGACUGGAUUCUGGACCAGGGGAAUUACACAGAGAGAGAUGCCUCCAACGUGAUCAAACAGGUUCUAGAGGCCGUGUCCUAUCUACACUCACUCAACAUCGUACACAGGAACCUCAAGUUGGAGAACCUGAUGUACUACACAGAGAACAAUCACAACAAAGUGGUUCUGCGGGAUUUCUACCUGUCCAAGUUUGAGAACGGUUCCAUCACAGAACCCUGUGGAACACCGGAGUACCUGGCUCCUGAGGUUGUGGCCAGACACCGGUACGGUCGACCGGUGGACUGUUGGGCAGUAGGGGUCAUCAUGUAUAUACUGUGA